UUACCAACUUCUUAUCAAUAGCUUUGUCCUAUCUGUUUGUCAACAGUCUACUAUAUAAGCAAUCUUUUACUAAGCUGUCUAACAGAAGGUAUUACAAGUGAAGUCUACCACCUUCUUCAAAAAAAUGAAUACUUCGAGAGUUGCUAUUAUUGGAACAGGCCCAUCUGGCAUAGCAGCUGCUACAAAGCUCUUAGAACUUGGUUUUCAGAAAGUCACUUUAAUCGAAGCCGAGAAUCGUAUUGGAGGCCGAAUUCAUACAAUUCCAUUUGCUGAUAAUGUUGUAGAUUUAGGAGCUCAGUGGUGCCAUGGCCAGAAGAAUAACGUUGUUUAUGAGCUUGCAAGCAAAGAGGAGAAUCUCUUGGAACACUCCGGAGAGGAUUUCGACAAGUUUGAUUGCAUUCGCUCGAACAAAGAUGUUGUUGCUGAAAAAACGAUAGACCGCUUAAAAACAAUUUUCGAAAGUAUCAUGAAAAAGGGAGAAAAAGAACUAUUAACCUAUGAUGGUUCUGUGGGUAAAUACGUUACCAACGAAUUUUUUGAAGCUCUGAAACAACCAGAAAACUCUGACAUAGAUGUAACAAUUGCCAAAGAGAUGUUUGAAAGUUUCAAGAAAAUGGAGAAUUCGCUGAAUGCAUGUGAUUCAAUAGAUGAACUUUCGUCGAAGGGCUUCAUGGACUAUUAUGAUUGUGAAGGAGACCUGUACAUGAACUGGAAGGAUAAGGGUUACAUUCAGUUUUUGCGUUUGUUGAUGAAAUCAACGGAAGGCAACGAAUUGGGAAUUCUUGAUCAAAAGGUGAAACUGGGAAAACAAGUUCAGAAAAUUACCUGGAAUCAGGACAAUGGUCAGCAGGCGAUACAAAUUCAGUGCAAAGACAAUGAGGUCAUAGAGGCUGAUCAUGUCAUAGUAACUGUGUCACUGGGAGUUCUUAAGGAAAAGCACUCCAAACUAUUUGAUCCAAAAUUGCCAGUGGAAAAGAUUCGAGCAAUCGAAUCAAUUGGUUUUGGUACUGUAAAUAAAAUCUACAUGGAAUUUGCCACUCAAUUUUGGCCAAAUGAUUGGAAUGGCUUCAAUAGUUUAUGGCGUGAAGACGAUCUAAAUGAUAUCCGCGGUUCAAGUCAAGCAUGGUUUGAGGAUGUUAUCGGCUUCUAUCCAGUUACCCAUCAACCAAAGAUACUUUGUGGAUGGAUGGUAAGUUCGAAUGCUCGCCAUAUGGAGACACUCUCUGAGGAUGAAGUUAUUCGAAGGUGUUUGGAAUUUUUGAGGAAGUUCCUGCUUUGGGAUAUCCCGGCUCCAGUAAAUUUCAAACGAACAACAUGGUAUUCGAAUGAGAACUUCCGAGGAUCGUACUCUUUCCAGUCGGUAAAAGCAGAAGAAUCGAAAGCUAAACCAAUAGAUUUGGCAAGACCUCUGGAGGAUGAAGAUAAGAAACCACUUGUUCUUUUUGCUGGGGAAGCUACUAGCGAACAUCAUUUUUCAACUGUUCAAGGAGCCGUUGAAAGCGGAUGGCGAGAGGCCAAAAGACUUGCUGAAUUUUAUAACAUAAAAGCAGAGUAAAUAGUUAAAUUGAACUCAGAUCAAAAAU